UGGAAAUCGAUAAUACAUGUUCCCCCCAGAACACGGCAUAUUACCCAACCAUUGACACUUCCAAAUAAAAAAUAAUUAUCGACAAUUUUUUAUUUUUACGCGACCAACGUAGACACGAAAUUGACUGGUAUUUUCACCUGCCGUUUACGAUAUCGUCGGGACCGCCGUCGCAUUCUUGAUUCAGUGGGCGCCUCAACUCGCAAUAUGGACAUCUCGGGAACAUCCUGCGGGCGAUUCGCCAAAGAGCUUGAUGCCAUUGACGAACGAAUUGUUCUUAAUGUCAUGGUUAUGGACGACGGAGCUUCGCUAGAAACGUUAAACUCCUUUCGCCGACAGUUGGGCUUAGGACCCUCUAAGAAUCUGAUCAGCAGUGGAAAGCCCGUAUCAACACCAACGCCCGCCGGAGAUUGUUCCAACAGCGAUGGCUGCCAACACCAGCCAGCCGAAAAUAAUGACCUGACCCGAACACCCCACGGCGGUUCAGUUGCGGAGUCGAGCCCUGAUCAAUUACAUACCCCAGACGCGUACCAGGGGAAUCGUGCUUUGUCUCGCAACAGGGCUGCGGAUAUCCCCGACGAUGUAAAUUGCAGGCUUUGGAUUACGGGCCUGCCACCACAUUGUACCGUCCAGGACCUACUCCAGGUAAUCAGAGGCGUUGGCCCUAUAUAUGCGACGCACAUUGUGCCGCCCUCAAUCAAUGAGACAGCACCGGAGUCGAGCAUACAUACCUCGGCUGCUUCUCUCACUUUUUUUACCGUAGCCGAUACGGAGAAGUUCCUGAGUAAAUACCACCCCUUCGUAGUCCAAGGCUACUCCACGACCGUCAUCCGACACCGCAUCAAAACCAGGCCCCUUGAGAUUAACGGCCAGUCUCGGGUCCUAGUUAUUAAGGGGCCCCCGGCGAUUGUCAACCCAGACCACCUCAACCGGGCCUUCACUCAAUUGUGGAACGUCCGAUUCAACACCGACUUCAUCGAACACCGGCCAGGAAAGGAGUCGAGUGAAAUUGUGUGGGGAUUUGGAAGCUUCCGCGCACAAGCGCAAGCAGGAUACGUUCUCCUCAAUAGACAUUUCUCAGGCAGAGUAGUCGUCCAAUAUGGUGACGAUCCGUGCGCUUAG